CUUUUGGCAGGUAGGCACACACACAUACUAAACACUACCUGCUGAUGUUGUGUGUGAGAUUCAUUGGGGGGCUUCUGCAGGUGAAAGAUGGGAAAGAGGCUUUUGCUCUUGCAAAAUGUCCACUAAGUUAGGUCUUUGACCUGGGAAGUAGUUGGUGGUGGUAGAUGCCACAUUGGCCGCUGGUGGAUAUACACAGUGCAAGGCUUCUGCCUUCUGAAGGCACCAUUCUGCUCUCUGCUUGCAUCAUUGGGAGCUACCUCCCUCCCUCUUCUUUCUCUCUCUCUCCCUCCCCAUUGCCCCUCUCUCUCCUCUGCUUGAGCCAUCAGUUCUGAGCCAGGUCCAGCAAUUUGUUUCUUGAUUGGUUUCACACGGUGUCUGAAGAACGGACAUGGCGGCACUGGAGAAGAAAGCGCACGCGCCCUUCCCCAGAGCAGCGAAACCCUCCAAUCCUUCAGCAAGGCUCAAGCGCUCCAAGAGUGAUUUGGGGGACAAAGAUGCUAAGGGUGCUCUGCGUUCUUCACAGAAGACGUCCAACCAAACUAGGCUGGUACAAGGUAAAAACUCAAACCCUCAGCAGAAAUGUGAAGCCAAGAAGGGAAUUCAGCCGAGGAGUGAGACGCAGAACUCCCUGAAGAAAGAGAUUCUGCAACUGGAGAUGCACCUCAAGGAUCAGCAGGUGGUGCGCGGCGCACUGGAGAAAGCGCUGGGGCCUGAUCCUGCUCCCAUCACUCUCCAAAACGAGAGCCCAAUGCUAAAGCCGGCGACCCAGCUGAUCAGGGAGGUUGCGACAUUGGAGCUGGAGAUCAAGCACCUGGAGCAGUACCUGCUAACACUCUACAGAAAAGCAUUUGAACAGCAGCAGCAGCAACAGGCACCCACAUUGCAAUCUUCAGAUGCUCACCGGGAGGCGCCGAAGCUGUCAGUGAGCUCACGGUCUGCGCAGCUCGAUGAGACGCCGAAGGCGAAGGCUCCUGUCAGGAGAGGAGGCGAUCCGAUGCUCCAUUACAGCUGCCCUCCGCUUAGCAAGGGGAGGAAUGGCGCCGUGGCGGAUGAUUCUUCGCCGUCGACGUGCCCCAGGAGGACUACAGACUUUGAUCACGGCCUGAGAAGCCAGUCUGCGCUGUCGUUCCGGGGAGUGUGUUCAUCCAGGAUAUCACCCACUGAGGACAGUCUCGCGAGGGCUCUUCGAUCGUGCCACUCUCAACCUUUCUCAUUCUUGGAGGAAGGGGAAACUGCAACAUCAGGAGUGGUGAGUUUGGCUGACUACCUGGGGACAAAUGUGGCUGACCACAUCCCUGAAACUCCCAACAACCUAUCGGAGGAGAUGGUCAGGUGCAUGGCAGGGGUGUUCUGCAAGCUCGCCGACCCUCCUCUGGUUCACCACCGGCCGUCGUCGUCGCCGUCCUCGUCGCUCUCCUCGGCGAGCGUGGUCUCCCCGCAGUACCUCGGUGACAUGUGGAGCCCCAACUGCAGGAGGGAAGCGACGCUCGACUCCCGGCUGAUCAACCCGUUCCAUGUCGAGGGCCUCAAGGAGUUCAGUGGGCCCUACAACACCAUGGUUGAGGUGCCGGCGAUCUCCCGCGACCGGCGAAGGCUUAGAGAAGCUGAAGAUCUGCUCCAGACAUACAAGUUGAUUCUGUACCGGUUGGAGACUGUUGAUCUGCGGCGGAUGACGAACGAGGAGAAGCUCGCUUUCUGGAUCAACAUACACAAUGCAUUGCUGAUGCAUGCCUACCUGAAGUACGGCGUCCCACAGAACCACCUGAAGAAGACAUCACUGCUUGUCAAGGCCGAAUGCAAGAUCGCCGGGCGCACCAUCAACGCGGCGGUCAUCCAGGGCCUUGUUCUUGGGUGCAGCACGACGCACUGCCCCGGACAUUGGCUGCGGACUUUGCUGAACCCAAGGAUCAAGAGCCGGGGAAGCAUCAGCAAAGCCGGCGGCGGCGAGUGGCAGGCCUUUGCCGUUCAUCAGUCGGAGCCUCUCUUGCGCUUUGCGCUUUGCUCGGGGAGCCACUCCGAUCCCGCGGUGCGGGUGUACUUCCCGAAGCGGCUGUCGCAGCAGCUGGAGGCGGCGAGGGAGGAUUACAUCCGGGCGACGGUGGGGGUGUGGAAGGAGCACCGGGUGCUGCUGCCCAAGCUGGUGGAGGCCUACGCCCGGGACGCCAAGCUCUCGCCGGAGCGCCUCGUCGACGCCGUGCAGCGGAGCCUGCCGGAGACCCUGCGGACGGCGGUGCAGCGGUGCCGCCGGGGAGGGGGAAGGUCCGCCGGCAAGGUCGUCGAGUGGGUGCCACACCGGCAGAGCUUCCGGUACCUGCUCGCCAGGGACCUCGCCUUCCCGCACCUCAGCUGAUCUGUCUGAACUCGCCGGCGUUGCUGAUGCUGAUCGUUAACUGCACUGAUGGGUGAAGCUUGAUAAAAAAAAGUGAUUGUUAGGUGGUGUUGAUAGAUUUUGAUUCUAGCAUGAUUAAAAAUUGCAUCCAUUAUCUUGUAGGAACGGGUAUUAUCUUAUUGCGUGUGUGAGAGAAGCUGCGCAGUGUAAAGGGAAUUUGUAGAUAGCAACACAAAAAUGAAAAAAAAAAAGAUGACAAAUUAGCAGGGGCAUAUGCUUUGAGUUCAUGUGACAUCAUGAACAAGUAUAUACUUGACAGGAUCCAAUCAUGUUCUUGAAAUUGUGCCAAUCAACAAGAAGUAAUUUGUA